AAACCAAUCAAAUCAAACACAAGCACCCCUCAUCUCAUAAACCCCAUCAAAAGCCCCCGCCGCUUUCUCCUCUCCUCCCGCGUCCGACGAUCCUCACGCAAGCACCGAACAUGAGCACCAGCGAGGCCGCCACUGUCAUCCCCGUUUACGACGUCGCCCCCGGCCAGGGCGCGCCCUCCAACUCCAAGGCCCCCGCGGCGGCGCCUCCGGCUGCCGCUCCAGCCGCGGCCACGACGACGACGCCGCGCAAGUUCCCCAUGCGGUUCUUCCGGCGUAGCGACCGCGGCAGCCGGUGCAUGGCGUUCCUCGACCUCCUGCUGAGGAUCGCGGCGUUCGGGCCCGCGCUCGCGGCGGCCAUCGCCACCGGCACGUCCGACGAGACGCUCUCCGUCUUCACCGAGUUCUUCCAGUUCCGCGCCCGUUUCGACGACUUCCCGGCCUUCCUGUUCCUCAUGGUGGCGAGUGCGAUCGCCGCGGGGUACCUGCUCUUAUCGCUCCCGUUCUCCGCCGUCGUCGUGCUGCGGCCUCAAACCACCGUCCUGAGGCUUCUCUUGCUCGUCUGCGACACGAUCAUGCUCGGGCUGCUGACGGCGGGGGCAGCGGCGGCGGCGGCCAUCGUGGACCUGGCGCACAGCGGGAACGAGCGCGCCAACUGGGUGCCCAUCUGCAUGCAGUUCCACGGCUUCUGCCGGCGCACGAGCGGCGCAGUCGUGGCCUCCUUCCUCUCGGUCUUCAUCUUCGUGCUCCUCGUCGUCCUCGCCGCCUUCUCCAUCAGGAAGCGCUGAAACCAGCCUUGCUCCGGCCGGCAGUCCAGCUGCUGCAAACCCCGCGCUUUGUUUAAUUAACCGUGCCUGUGUUUUUUAAUGUUGCAUGCAUCCUCAGUUUCCUUUCUGCAUUUGUGUAAUUGUGCGCAUUGGCGAGUAAGUGGCAGUGCACCUGUUAAUCUGUACUUGUACUUGUGUUGCUUGGUAAUACAAGGUGGUGAGCGAUCAA